AUGUUUGAUAACAAAUCUGGUAUACAUGAUGAUAGUUUAGAAGGUGCUCAUAGAGGAACUUUUGGUGAAGGCUCUAGUAGAGGAGGCUUCAAUGCAAGCAGAGGCGAUUUUCAUGACAAAAAUGGCCUCAGUGGAAGCAGAGAUAAUUGUUUGGUGGCCGAUUUCAAUCUAAAAGAAGAGGUAAUGGCUCAUAUGAGAGGAUUUAGUGCCAGAUUUGAUAAAGGUUUUAGAGGCACUGAGAACAACAGCUACAACAGCUAUCACAGCAACAACAGUAAUAGGUAUGUGCAUCAAGCAACUGCGAAUCUGAGCAAUGUGAUUGUCAUACUAACAACAGUUGAUGAUCCUAGCUGGUAUCCAGAUAGUGGUGCAACACAUCACAUGACAUCAAAUCCUCAGAAUAUCUUGGAGCAACAAGAAUAUGGAGGCUCAGAGAAAGUUGUAGUUAGUGAUGGUUCAGGUUUGCAUAUUCAUCACGUAGGAAAGUCUAUUUUAAAAUCAAAUUUGAGUGCUCGAACUUUCUUGCUAAGCAAACUGUUGCAUGUCCCUAAUAUCACUAAGAAUAUCUUAAAUGUGUAUCAAUUUUGUUAUGAUAAUGGAGUUUACUUUGAGUUUCAUGCUAAUGGCUGCUAUGUGAAAUCACAGGAAACCAGUGAAUUACUCCUCCAAAGAGGAGUGAAAAAUGGCCUCUAUAAGUUUUUCAAUGUGACAACUAUUUAUAAUAAUCCUCAAGCAUUGAUUUUAGUAGUCAAUGCAGAUAAGUUCUUGCUAUGGCAUGCAAGACUAGGACAUGCCAAUAAUCAUGUAGUAGCUACUGUACUUAGGAGCUGUAAUGUUCCUUUUGUUGUAAAUGAGACAAUGUGUUAUGCUUGCUGUAUUGGCAAAUCACAUCAACUGCUAUUUCCUAUUUCUGAGAUAAUGUAUCAAGAACAUUUGGAGCUGGUUUAUUCAGAUAUAUGGGGACCAGCUCCUAUUUCUGAUAGUUACAAAAAUAGAUACUUUGUUAAUUUCAUUGAUGCGUGUACUAAAGAUUUGCAGGCUAAAGGCAUUAUUCACAGAUUUUUGUAUCUUCAUGUACAUCAGCAGAAUGGUAAUGCUGAGAGAAAGCAUAGACAAGUUGUUGGAAUGGGAUUAACCUUGUUAGCUGCAGCAGGUUACAAGUGCCUUACCAAUGCUAGCAAGGUUAUUAUCACAAGACAUGUGGUGUUUUCAGAAAAUAUUUUUCCCGUCAAAGAUACUAACUCUUCCUUUGCCAAAUUGCUUGUCAUUAAUCUCUCUUUAGAGGCUCCUCCAACAAUGUCAACAAUUCCAUCUAUCCCUAGAGUCCCAGUUCAUAUUAAUCUCACUCCUACACCACCUUCUCCAAUUCUAAUAGCUCCGGCUAGUCAUACUCCAUCCUUCUCUUCAACAUCUUCUCAUUUCUCUCAUUCUUCUCAUUUACAACUAGUAUCAUCCACUCCUAUUCCUAUUCCUAUAUCAGACUCUGAGAUUGUCUUGCCAGCUGUUGAUGAACAAUAUCCUCAGCCUCAACCCUUUAACUCACAUCCAAUGGUGACUCGUGCUAAAGCUGGCAUCCACAAACUUCGAGUCUUUCAUGCAAAGCUUCUCUUAGCAAUCCAUAAUGGAAGGAAGCCAUGGAUGUUGAGUGCAAUGUACUUAUGA